AUAAAAUAAAUUUGGGAACAUGUAAAAUUAGUUAUAGUGGAUUUUGUUUCCACAGUGUAAAAAAAAAAUUUUACCGUGUCAAAAAUAUUUACUUUUGUACGAAUUGUGUUUCGUACCUAUCUAAAACAUCUCUCCACCUCUCCAUGUUUCUCAGUAAAGUCUCAAUUUUUUUCCUUUAUUUUUUCCGGCAGCGGUAGAAGCAAAGCAGACUAUGUCCAAUUUCCAUGGUUUGAUGCUUGGUGUUUUAUAAAGCUGUACCAAAUUCUUAAUCCUAAAUUCUCAUUCCUCUCUCUCUCAGUCGCUUUCUUCUUUUAUGUUUCGUACAUAAACAUAGAUACACAAAUCUCUUCUUCUCUUUUCCAUUCUCGGGGACAAACCCUCUCCGUUGACAAUUUAAAGAGAGAUUAGGAACCAAAUCUUUUUCGCAGAAUAUUUUCGUUUCUCACCAGCCACCGCUAGCUGCCAGGUACUACACACUCUGUCUUUGCUACUUGUUCAUUGAUUAUCAUUAUUAACCUAGAUUUUGUUUUCAUUUCAAUUUGGGAAAUUCUGAGUUUUAACUUGUUGGUGGUUUUGAUUUUUGAAUGCUAUUAGUUGAGUCAAACAAUAUUUUUAUGAAUAGUAGUUGAGUUUUCUGUGUGAAAAAUCUGAACCUAGUUUGUUAAUUUGGUAUGGUUUAUGAUUUUAGUGACCCACUAGAUUUCAGUUUCUUUAUGGCCUGGGUAAUUAGUACGACGCUUUUGAAAAGUUUGGUUUUGUAAGUAUUCAAAAUUUUGAUUUGAUUGGCAUUUAGUAGAUUGUCAUAGCAUAUCCUCAAAGGUGAAUACUGAACAUUAAGAAUGUUACGCAAAGACAAGUGACUUUUUAGACUUUUAGCAAUUUUUCAUUCAAAGUCACUAUUUGAAAAGCUUAAUGAUGACAAAGCAUUUAUUUCGAACAAUACUUUUGAUCAGUUUUGUGCUCAUGUUUCAUGCUAAAAAAAGAUGACAAAACUAAUACAAGUGCAUGACUGAAGCAUGACCAAGAAUUCUUGGAUAAGUCUCCUGUGCCUGAAGUGGAUAUGGUUACAUCACUUGUGCCCCGUGAGCUCAAUGAAAGGUGUACUGAAAUUAGUCAAACAGUUGAUGCAGAAAAAUCUAUGACUAGCCACCUUCAAAGUGGCAAAGAUAUUGAUUCUACUUUGGUCAUUGAAUCUAUUAGGCAGGAUGAGUUUGGCCUAGAUCCUAGUCUUUCUGAUACUGACAGUUGCAUGUUGAAGAAGCAACAUGCUAGGAAUAUCCUUUCAGUUUCUUUAUGGCCUGGGAGAGCAUUGCAUUGUCUUUCACAAGAACUUUAUUCUCAAGAUUCACAUUUUAUACUUGAACUGGUUCAAAAUGCAGAUGAUAAUAAUUAUCCCGAAAGGGUGGAGCCAACUCUUGCUUUCAUUCUUCAAGAUUCUGGUAUUGCUGUAUUGAAUAAUGAGCAAGAUGCUGCAUACAGGGCUGCACUAGAAGGCUCGGGAACGGCAGAGAAGGGAAGAAGAAGAACUUCUUGCAAGGGAAGCUGCUGAAGCUGAGAGAAAGCUAAAGGAAGAAUAGGAGGCUUGUGAAAGAGCAACACAGGAAGCCGCAGAGAAACAAGCAGCAUUAGCGAAGUUACGUGAAGAGAAAGCUCAGUCUCUUGGUGAAGAACUUGAAAAGGAACCGAAUGUUACACAGAUACUUUGGGUUCUACAGGACCUGGACAGGAAGUGGUUGCGUCUUCAGAAGCGGAAGAGUGCCCUCCAAUUAUACUACGAUAAACGGUUUGAAGAAAAUUCCCGUUGCGUCGGUUAGCAGCCACAAUUUUUCAACAUGAUUGCAAAAGAGUGAAGAGCUAAAGAGUGAACUCCAGACUGAUAAUUUCAAGCUGCAGCAAGUUGGAACAACCCUUCUUGUCAAACUUGAGGAGCUUCUUGAAUCUUAUUCUGUCAAGAAGAAUGUGACGGAAGCUAUUAAGAUGUCGGUGAACUGUGUUCAGGUGUUGGAGCUUUGUGUUAAGUGCAAUAAUCAUAUUUCUGAGUAUUCCUGCUAGAGCUCUUAAAUUGGUGAUAGAGAAGAGAAUUCCUUCGAUAAAAUUGCAUAUUGAGAAGAAGGUUUGUAGUCAGGUUAAUGAAUGGAUGGUCCUAAGGAUUGUUGGAGGACUACUUGUAGAGGAUCAGGUUGAAACAAUGUGGGAGACUGCUUUGUCGAAAAUGAAACUAACAGACAUUGCUCUUUGGACUACGGAAGAGGUAAAGCCGAAUGGAAACUAGUACUUAAACGAAGUGGUUUUUUAUCUUGAUUCGCUUAUGUCUACGGGGCAACAAAUUUUACCCUUGGAUGCUAUGCACGAAGUUGGAACUAGUGCACUUGAGCAUGUUUCCAAUAUAAUUGUGGCUGCUUUUCUUAGUGACAGUGUUAAGAAGAAAUCAAUGGAUAUGCUCAAAAAGAGACUGAAGGAAUUCAAUUGAUCAUUAAUUAGGAAAAAUUUUAUUUCAUUUAAUGAAGUGUUUAGUUGUAUUGACUUUUUCUUAUAUUAUGGAUUAGUGUUUCUAUGUUGCCCUGACUUGUUUUUCCUUAAUAAAAAAGGAUCUUUUGUUGUA